CGCAUUCGAAGCAUGAGUGAACGUGCUGUGCGAAAAGUAAAAACAUUUGUGAGCAGACCGAUUAAGGAAGCCACUUUGCGGCGUUUUGUCAAUAAGGUGGAAGCCAAGAUGCAAGCAGAGCAGACCGGACAAAUUCGACUACGAGAAGUAAAACAGGGGGAUGACUUAUUUCCGAAGCCUUUGCGGAGAUCUCAAGAAGCAAAGUCUAAGGAGAUUAGAAAUAAGGAUAAAGUUGACAUGUCUAUGAAGAGUGUUGCGACGUCGGCGAUGAAGUACAGUGGAGGAGAGUUACCUAGUGGAAACAAAAUAGUUACUGGUAACAAGUGCAAUGACGGAAAGUUGUUCAUCAACGGUGAACCGUUCUGGACAAUGCAGAAGAAGCCUACCGAGACAGACUUGGUAUGA